UCAAACUCCAACUCAACGAGGAAACUGAACUAACUCAAUCUUAUUUCAACGAACAUGUGCAUAGAGUAGUAGCUUUUUUUCCAAAAUAAAAAAAGCAUAUAAAAACCCAAAUUAUUACAAAAACAAAGAAAUUAAAAAAUAAAAUAUCAGUGCUUGAAUUUAAAUACGCGGCUUUCAGAGUCUCUUUCAGUCACCGCUCAUUCACUGCAAGAUCAGAUCUGAAGGAACCUAUCGAUUUCCUUCUCAGGUCUGAAGUCUCAUUGCUGUUAUCAUGUCAAGGAGGCCAGUAAAUCCGUCACGUCGGUUAGGUGAUGGUGGAAGUAUACCAUUUGUUGCCUCUAUCCAGUCUAAAUCUCAGAACUCUCCCCUGAUAUCUAUUGCGCUUGUUAUUGUGGGUGCGAUUCUUCUGAUUGGUUAUUUUUACAGCAGUUCAGGUGGAGCUAGUAUUGAUAUUAAGGAUGCAAGUAAACUUGAAGGUGGUUCAUCAUGUACAUUAGAAGUACUACAAGCAUUGCCCGUUUUGAAGAAAACAUAUGGAGACAGCAUGCAUAAGGUUUUGCACGUUGGCCCUGACACUUGUACUGUGGUAUCUAGUUUGUUAGCAGAAGAGGAUUCCGAGGCUUGGGGAAUAGAACCUUACGAAUUAGAUGAUGCAGGCGCGAAGUGCAAAAGUCUUGUACGAAAGGGCAUUGUACGCGUGGCUGACAUAAAGUUUCCUUUACCUUACCGUGCAAAGUCAUUUUCUCUUGUCAUUGUGUCAGAUGCAUUGGACUAUUUAUCUCCAAAAUACCUGAAUAAAACAUUGCCAGAGUUAGUGAGGGUAUCUUCUGACAGCGUGGUUAUCUUUUCAGGUUAUCCUGGUCAACAAAGAGUUAGAGGUGAACAGUUGGCCAAAUUUGGUCGUCCAGCCAAAUUGCGGAGCUCAUCUUGGUGGAUAAGGUUUUUCGUGCAAACAAGUUUAGAAGAAAAUGAAAUUGCUGGAAAGAAGUUUCAACAAGCUUCAGCCAAGAAGGCGUACGCACCAGCUUGCCAAGUUUUCCACCUGAAAUCAUUCUCCUGAAAUUUUUAUUGGCUUGUUUUAAGCAUGACUUUUUGGUAAGAAACCAUACUGAUGAGGCUGGCACCUUGAGCACCCAAAGGGUAAAAGUUCCAUACAUACAUUAUGUUGAAAUUAUAGUCUUGUUUGAUCCGACCUUGAUGGUAUUAUUAGGUUAAAUUAUGUACCUUAUCGGCUUUUACAUUUGUAAACACUAUUGUCUCAUAUUUUCCAUUUUUUCAUAUGUAUUUACAGAAGCCCUCCGUUUCUACUAGUUUAGGAAAUUUACUAUUUUGACACUUUUGGCAACUUCUACAAUUGUUACCUUAUUUAAGGUUCCUUAUAUUAUUAUAAAGCUUUUCUUUUGUUGCUU